AUGCUCCCCGAACUCCCCACCCCACCAGCCAGCGUGGCUCCACCGCCUCCCUGUGACCGCAUGCAAGACUCAGUCGGCGUGUGGAGCUCUCUGGGGCCCUCCAGCACCGCCGACACACCGCCGCCAGAGUCAGUGAACGAGGAGUUCUUCCACUCCGCCUCUGAGCUCGAACCACUCACACCCAUCUCCGCUUCCGAACCGCCGCUCGUCGCCGUCAUCGGCGUGGGCUACGUCGGCCUGCACCUGGUGACGACGUUCGCGGCCAAGUUCAGCGUACUGGCGUACGACGUGUCGAAGGCGCGGUUGGAGAGCCUGGCGGACGACAUGGCAGCCUACCCGUCCGUCACGCUGACGGCCGACCCGGCGCAACUGGCGCGCGCCACGCACUUCCUCGUUGCGGUGCCGACGACGCUGCGGCCCGAGAACAAGCGCGAGAUCGACACGUCGUUUGUGCGCGCGGCGCUGACGACCGUGGGGACGUAUGCGCGGCCCGGCGCGACGGUUGUCGUUGAGAGCUCUGUCGGCGUGGGCAUGACGCGCAAGCUGCUGGGGAACUUGAUGAGGUCGCGCAAUCUGAAAGCUGGGAUGAGUCCUGAGCGCGUCGACCCGGGCCGCACCGACCCCCCCGUCUCGACCAUCCCCAAGCUCAUCUCCGGCCUCGACGACAUAACGCCGCACUCGCUCUCCUCCAUCCACGCCCUCUACGCCCGCGUCUUCGCGCACGUGGUGCCCGUCUCUAGCCCGGAAGUCGCCGAGAUGACCAAGCUGUACGAGAACUGCCAGCGGAUGGUCAACAUCGCGUACGCGAACGAGAUGGCCGACGCGUGCGCGGCGCUCGGCAUCGACGCCUUCGAGGUCGCGCGCGCGGCGGCGACGAAGCCGUUCGGCUACGCCGCGUAUACUCCCUCGCUCGGCGUGGGGGGACACUGUAUACCGGUGAAUCCGUAUUACCUGCUGCAGAGCUGCGCGUUUCCGCUGCUCGAGCAGGCGGCGGAGAAGAUGUGGAGGAGGCCGGGGGAGGUGGGGGAUCGGGCGAUGAGGGAGGUGUGUGCGCGGAUGAGGAGGGGCGGGGAGGGGGAGAAUGGGAGGGGGAGGGAGAGGUGGCCGCGGGUGUUGGUGGUGGGCGUGGGGUUUAAGCCGGGGCAGAAGGUGUUGAGUUGUAGUCCCGGGAUAGCGCUGAUGAAGCAUCUGUUGCAGGAGUGGGAUGUCGACGUCGUGUUUGCGGAUCCGCUGGUCGGCGAGGAGCAGGUGCCGUUCGCACCGAGGCUGGAUGUCGAGAGGGAGUGGAAUGUCGAGGGGCUGAGCGGGUUUGACUUGGUCGUCGUGGCGAUAAGGCAGCAUGGACUGGACUUUCGGGUGUUGGAGCAGUUGGAGGAGGGGGUGGUGAAGUGGUGCUGUGCAUGA